CAGACAGUAAGCUGGACUUGGGGGAAUCCCUAUCUUCUGUUCGUGGGGGAACAAUCAUAUAUGCAGAUGGCAAAUCUGUUGAGAACAUUGACGAGAUUCGUAAAUGGGAGGGUGGAGAAGAUCGGGAUGGGAAGUUCCGAAAUACUGCCCUUCUUCUUGCAGUCAGCGGCAUCACGGGUGCUGAGCUGAGGGAUGCCCUCGCUGAGAUCCAUAACGAGAUUCGAGAAAUGAAAAAGGACCCUGAUCGCACCAGAAGCGCUUCACGAAUUACUCGUAGAGAUCUUCAUGCCCGUGGUGGUUUACGAAGACCUCACCGGCAACAACGCAAGCGAAGACGUCGUCGAUGGACUUGUAGGCGAUGACAGGCUUUGGAACGAGCUUCACGGGUGCCAGCAAACGGAGCCGAGAAGGUGGGCGAUGGAAGAUCGGAUUCGUUGGAAGGAUGCAAAUGGCCACACCAUCGACAAGAUGUUCGAGAACGGGCCUUUCCCGGUUUCAUGCCGGAACAAUCAGCUGGCUUACUGGCCAGGGGGCAUUGCUAGGAGUGGAUCUGAAGGGGUGGAGUUCUACGUGUGGGGUGAUGUUUCUUUGGUUCUUUGUUCCCUUUCGUUCAGCCGUCAAAAGGGUGGAGCGGCCAUGAGCUUGGAAGAAGAUCGUAUUGUUCUUGUGCAAGUUCUUCUGCAAAGUAUGGACGAGGUGAAGCGUUUCACGCAAAUGGUGCUCCCACCCAAGGAUGCUGCUAGUUACAGGGAAGUAACGGUUCAAGGCAUUGAGCCUCCCUGGAAGAGCGGCCUGGCGAGAACAACGAACUAGCUCUCAUCUGGAGAAUGGGCCUACGCGGUCGCAGCUACUUCUCUGGAGGUUGGGUCCUCGACUUCUAGCAAACGAGAAAGAUGUUGCGAACUUGGCUGAUCUUGAGUGCUUCGAUUUGUAUGAACGA